UAUUUUAAAUGACGUAAUAUUGUGAGUAUUUUUUUUAAAUCUCAAUUUUUCAGUAAAUGACAAGAAUUUUUUUAGAGUCAAAAGAUGGUUAUAAUAGUAAAGUAUAAUUAAAAUUUUGUAAUAAAUGGAAGUGCAUGUAAGAAAAAAAGAAAAACUUGGAAAGCAUAUUUGUGAAUUAAGACAGACAUCAGGAAGUACUUUACUAAAAUUACCACCUAAUGCAAAAAUACAUGCUCGCUUGAAACGAGCUUUCCAAAAGCUUAUUAUUGUCUCAGAGGAUCAUCCUUAUACUGAAUAUUAUCUCAGAAGUAAAGCAGCUAUCGCACUUGAAAAAAAACGACACAGUAGUUGCUCACACUGGUGGGUUAUUCACCCAUAUAGUAAAUUGAGGUUUCUGUGGGAUAAGUUGAUGACUAUUAUCCUUCUUUACUUUUUUUUUGCUGUUCCAUAUAUCAAAGCUUUUUUUUGUAUCUGUGGUAGACAACUUUAUGGUCAAUUUAAUUUUAUUUAUCCUGCAUAUGCUGUUUGUACGAUUGACAUUUUUAUGAGUUUUAUUACUGGUUAUACGUCUGCUGAUGGCAAUGUAAUUUUUAUUGACCCUAAUUCAAUAGCAAGACACUAUACACAGGGUUUCUUUCUCAUUGAUUUAAUUACUUCGUUACCCUACACAUGGUUUAUAACUGGUGAUUUAAUUUCACCUAAUUCCACUGGAAAUUUUUUUGCUCUGAUUGCCGAGCUUGUUCCACUCCUAAAGAUUUCCAGACUACCUACUUUAAGACGUUACAUCAAACAAAUAAAUCUUGUAAGGGAUUAUGAAUUUACUAGUGUAACAGAUAUAACUAUUUGGCUUUCACUAUUAACAAUAUUAAUUUUUCACUGGAGUGCAUGUUUGAGUUGGGCUUUUCCUUUUAUUGUUCUUCAUGCAACACGAACAAAAAUUGAAUAUUCGGAUGUGUAUGCAGUACAUAGUCAAUUGUACAAAGAUAAUUCUUUGCAAAUAUAUAUUAUCAGUUUACAUAUGGGUAUCAGUAACUUGAUUGGUUCAAACUUUAUAGAGUUUCGAGAAAUUUCAUUUUCUGAUAAAUUCAUUCGAUGUUUACUGCUCUUAUUGGGUUCUGGCUAUACUAUUUAUCUGAUUGUUGUUGUUCUACAGUUGAUUGAGUCUUCAGCAGAGUCUAAGUUGAAAUAUCAAGAAAUAAUACGACGAGUAAGAGAAUAUAUUGAUGAAAACGAUCUUCCUGAAGAUCUUGGAAAUAAGCUUAUUUCUUAUUACCAAUACCGUUUCCAAGAAAGUUAUUUUAAAGAAAAUACUAUAGUUGCUGCACUUCCCAAACAUUUAAAACAAGAAAUAAAUAUUUAUUCUCAUCAUGGAUUAUUGGAAACUGCGAAAAUAUUUUAUAAUUUACCAAAGAGUCUCGUAGCUAACAUAAUGGCUGUAGUGAAGCCUGUAAUCCAUUUGAAAAAUGAUGUUAUUUUUAAAUCUGGAAGUAAAGGAAACUGUAUGUACUUUAUAAUGAGUGGUACUGUUGCUAUAAUUACACCAAUGGGCAAAGAGUUAGGACAUUUGGAAGACGGUGAUCAUUUUGGAGAAACCAGUCUAAUAAUUCCAGAGCAUCGUAGAGAAGUUUCUGCAAUUGCAUCAGAAACCUGUGAACUUCUUCAAUUAGAUCGUCGACAUUUCAAUCGUUUAAUAUUACCCACUUCUCAAUUACAUAAGAAAUUAUCUAAAAUAGUGCAAGAUAGGCUGAAUGAAGUGAAUAGAAUGAAUAAAUUAACAGAAGAAGAAAUACAACAAAAGAAAAGAAAAAGCUCGCAAUUUAAAAGAUUACUUAUGAGAACUGGUGAUGUAAAUUUACCUGCAAAUAAUGAAUAGAAUUGAAUGUCUCGAUAAUAGUGUUUUUUUUUUUACUUAUUAGAGCCUAAUAAUUAGGCAGAGUAGGCUAUCUAUUAGAUAUUAUUCAAAUGAGCAAGACAAAUUUGUAAAUGAGAUAUGUUGCUACACUCUUUUGAGUUACUUUCUCUACUGCUUUUUCGUAUAACGUUUACAUUUCUAUUAUUUUCCAUUUCUAUUUGUUAAUCAGUACAGUUUUCUCUUCAUUUUCUCCAUCUAUUAUUCACAGUUUCACACACUUUUUUUUAUUCAGUCACAUAUAAAUUUUAAUACCCAUUUUUUCCCCGUUAAUUCACUCAACAUUUAUUCACCCGACUCAAUAAUGUUUUUGUUUUCAUUCAUCUUUCAAUCAAAUUUCAAUUGAUUAAAGGUUCCAUAAUCACUCAAAUUUUCUCAUACAAUCACACAAUUGCGCAAACAAAAAAAACAUUUAAUUUUUUAAUCGCGUUCAAUGAUAUAUAUUUACAAAUAGAUACAUUGAAGGCAUUUUAAGCUUGCUACAAUGUUAUUUGUUAUUUUUUUUUAUUGUUAUUAAUUUUUUUUUAAUAUUAUUAUUAUUAUUAACGUUAACUUUUUUGUUUGCUCAUCAUAUUAAUUGCAUACACGUGAUUUACAAAGUAUGUUCACGUUAACCUUCCCCUCUACUCUUCAUUGAUACGUUUACAAUUCUUUUCUUAUUUUUUUUUUUCAAUUAUUUUCCGUACUCUUUCUGCAUCUUAUUCAUCAUCAAAGAAAGUUUUCUAUCUAUUCUACUCUUCAUUCCAUUUUUAUACAUUGAGAAAAAAAAUAAUUUUAAAAAGA